AUGGCACCUGGAACAGUCGUCAAUGACGAUUUGGAAAAUUAUGGUGUGGAUGAUUUCGAUGUAGAUCCAUUCGCAGAUUCGGGCGACGAGAAUGCUAAUAAAGCAGACUCUCAGUCCAAGAAGAGGAAAGAUGCAUCUGGCUUGGGUAUCGAUGAAGCAGUGGCUGUAACCAAGAAGCCCAGAGUACCGAGAGUUAAGCUCGACGACAAGAAACUUCUGUCAGAUAAAGGCAUCCCGAAGUUACGCAAAAAGGCAGGAGACCUAAAGUUAAAAGGAAAGGGUCAUGAGUUCUCAGAUACAGCUAAACUGCUGUCUUUCUAUCAGCUCUGGCUAGAUGAUUUGUAUCCUAAAGCCAAGUUCUUGGAUGCGUUAGGCAUGGUGGAGAAAGCAGGUCAUACAGGAGCCAUGCGAAUGGCACGGAUGGAUUGGAUCAACGAAGGCAAGCCAAAACACCAUCUAGAUGAGAAUGAGGACGAAGAUUUGCUCGGCCGGCCCGAGGGCCGGAAUGCCGCGAAAUUCCCUGCCCGGGUUGCGCCAAUCUUUCAAAACAGUGGCAGGCCCAAGACGCCGUCGAUUCUCGAUGAUGAUCUCUUCAGGGAUGAUGACUUGUAUGAUGCUACUCCCAGAAACUCACGCAACAAUGCUGCAUCAGCAGCGACAAACGGCGGAGCUGGCGAUGUACCUGGUGAUGAGGACGAUUUAGACGCUCUUAUGGCGGAAGAGGAAGCACAAAGGGUUGCAACGACAUCAAUAUUUGGCAACGGCGAAACAUCACGAAAAUUGCAAUCGCGUCCGGCAGAGCCUGAUGACGAUGAUCUUGAUGCACUCAUGGCAGAAGCAGACGCCAUCUCAGGCCCGCCAAAAGCCGUACCGAAAGACUACUCAUCGAAACAACACGAGCCAUCAAAUGACGACGAGGAAGAUGAUCUCGAUGCUUUGAUGGCUGAGGCCGAAGCCGAGGGCACUGUUCCGGCACCAAAGCCAGGGAGAGAUGUGAAUCAGGCCAAGGUGGCAUCUAAUCAGGAUAAAGAGCUUGAUGCUGACGAGGAGGAAGCCAUGGCAGAAAUGGAUGGUUUGUGGUAA